AUGACUACCUUUAUCCCUUCUAUAACGCUUCCAGCGGCAGUUUUUGCGAAUCCCGCAUCAUCAAUACUCCUCCCGGUGAUCGCUGGAGCAGGUCUGGGAUACUCUAUGCGGCCUACAAGAGCCCAAGCUACCUAUAUGGCAUUAAAACAGCCACCAUAUCGACCACCUCCAUAUAUUUUUGGUCCGGUCUGGACUAUACUUUAUGGAUUAAUGGGGUAUGCAGCGCACAGGGUAUACCGAACAGGAAUGUCACCGCAAGCUAGCAUGGAGCAGUAUCUUCUGACGAAACAAGGCGCAACUUUAUAUACCAUCCAGCUCGGGCUUAAUUUAAUAUGGAUGCCGCUGUUUUUCCGGUUAAAGCGGCCAGUCGAAUCUUUGGUUGACAUUAUCGCCUUGACUGGGACUGUCGGGUACCUAACGUAUGUAUGGAGCCGAGUUGAGCCUGUUGCUAGUUGGUGCUUAGUACCAUAUUGUGCGUGGUUAGGGUUUGCAACUUAUCUCACUGCUGGAGUUGGGUAUUUGAAUGGGUGGGAUCUCACGGACAAGAAGGAAGCUACUGGAAGUCAAGGCAAACACAUAAAGUUCACUGAUGAAGAGGAUUAA